AUGACGCGCGCGCGGGCGCGCGGACGCGAGGACGAGACGCGAGACCCGAGAUUGAUCUCGCGAAGGGACAAGGCGGCGAAUCGAGAAAACGCGAAGACGUGGGUCGUCGUCGGGGGAUUGGCGGUCGCGAUGACGGCGGUGAUCGCGCUGGUGUACGAAAAUUCAACGGAUGGGUUCUUGUACGGGGUGGAUUCGAUCGAGUCGUACGCGGAUUGGACCGGGGGGGGGGACGGGGAGUUUGACUUCGCGAGCGGGCGCGGCGCGGGCGGGGCGAUGGAUUUUUUGAGCGGGUCGGCGAUUUUCGGCGCCGUGGUCUGGGCGUUGGGCUUAUACUACGCGAGUCCGGUGUCGGUGGUGAUGUUGUUUCUCGGGAGAACCGACAGCGAGCGGCCGAGCGAUUGGUUACUGCGCAAAGCCACGGGGACGGCGCAGAUGGAGGACGCGUCUUCGGCGAGCAAGGCGCUCAUCGCGUGUUGGUUCUUGUUAUCGGGCGUCGCCGUGUCGCAGCUCGGCGACGCCGCGUUCGGUGAUGCGACGUGGCAAAUUUCGAGCGGAUUGGGGUUCGCCGUCAUCGCCGGCGUGAGCGAACUCGGCAGACCGAAGCGCGUCGACGAGGCGACGAUGGCGAAAUUGGAGGCGCAGUACGCCGAUUUCUGCGCCUUUGGAGAAAAGCGGCUGUCGCGCUCGGGGCGGUGUCAUCAGAGCGAAAUCUCAAAGGCGUUCCGAGCGGCCUAUCCGCAGCACGCCGGCGAGGACGUGCUCGACGAGAUGGAGCUCCGCUCGCUCAUAGCCAACUACUGGCCGGGCGCGGAGCGUUCGCCGAGAGGGUACUACAAAAAUUUGUCGCUGCUCGAUCGUGACGGCGCCCCGCUCACCGACCGCGUCUCCGUCAAGGAUCUCGGAUUGUAA